AUGCAGAAAUCUUAAAACUAGCAUUAUUAAUCAUAAUCGUAUUAAAAUAAAAGGAGAAAACCUGAAAAAUUAUUUUAAGAACCUCAAUUAGAGACUUAAUCAGAUGAAUCUGACACAUCAAUUAUUGAUGAUAACGAUCUUGAAUAAUAAACUCAAUUUAGAGAAACAUCCAUAACGUUGAAUCAAGAUUAGUUCUAAUUAGUUUGGAAAUCACCUUAUAGAACAGACUUUUAUACUAUAUAAUUUCCUUAUCCAGGUACACGUUUUGAAUAUUAAAGAAAUGAUUUUUGAUAUAAGAACAGAAUAAAACCUUGUUGAAAAAGCUAAAGUGACCCUAUUUUAUAAAUUUAAGAAUGGUAAAAGGACUUCUGAAUGUAUAGAAGAAGUAUUAAAAGCAGCUGGAUUUUAGAGAACUUAUAAUAAUAGUAAAUGGUUAAUUUAUUGGGGUAAGUUCAACUAAGAAAGAUGUAGAAAUCUGAAUUAAUAUUAAAAAAUUAAUCACUUUCCUGGAUGUUGGAGUAUUGGACGUAAAGAUAAUUUAUGGAUUAAUGUAUCAAAAAUGAAAAGAAAGUUUCCUAAAGAAUAUUAAUUUAUCCCUAACACUUAUUUAUUAAAUACAGAUUUCUAAAAGUUUGAAUAAAUUCAAGAAAAAGCAAAUGAAUAAGAAUUAUGGAUUAAGAAACCAGUAUGCUCUGCUAGAGGAAUUGGUAUAAAAGUUAUUAACAAAACAACUAAAUUAUAAUAUAAUAAUAAAUAUUUGGUGAUGGAUUAUAUAACUAAGCCUCAUCUCAUAAAUUCAUAUAAAUAUGAUUUAAGAGUUUAUGUUCUUGUAACAUCUGUUGAUCCAUUACGAAUUUAUAUGUAUAAAGAUGGAUUAGCUAGAUUUGCUACUGAAACAUAUUCGAUUGAACCACAAAAUUAAGAUAAUAAAUUUAUACAUCUCACAAAUUAUUCUAUAAAUAAAUAGUCUCCUAAUUUUAAUAAUAAUUAAUUAGAUUAGCAAUCAAAAAUAUCUCAUAAAGAGUAUAAAUCAAUAUUAUUAAAUUUGGGAAUUGAACCAAAAUUAAUAUUUAAAUAAAUAUAGGAUUUAAUUAUAAAAACUUUUAUAGCUGUUGAACCACAUUUGAUGAGUUAAAAUGAAAAAUGUAAUUUUAUGAUUAAAUUCAGAUUACUAAAAUAAAGGCAAUUUCUUUGAACUAUUUGGUUUUGAUAUUCUAAUAGAUGAAAAAUUAAAAGCUUGGCUACUAGAAGUUAAUGUUAGUCCAUCACUUAAUACUUAGGCUGAUUUAGAUUUUAAAAUAAAAACAAAAUUGAUAUCAGAUAUGUUUCAUUUAUUAGGAAUAUAAUAUCAUACAUCUUCAAUCGAAAAUUCUCUACCAAAAACUAAAUUAAUUAGGAGAAAUCUUAAUGAUAUAAAUCAAAUAAAUGCCUAGAAUUUUAAAUCUAAAGUUAAUUCAGAAGAUUUAGAAUUAAUGAUACUCACUUUAGAAGAAUAAUUAAGAUUAGGAUAAUUCAAAUGUCUUUAUCCUAAUUAAAAAACUGUAUCAAAAUAUGAUUAAUAUUUUGAACAUCCAAAAUUUUAAAAUAGAUUAAUCGAAAAAUAUUUCUUAGAUGGAUCUAAUUGGAUUUUAUGA